AUGUCCCCACUUCUUCUUCUUCUUCUCCUUCUGAUUCACUUCACAUCCUCAGCAAUCAUUCCCAUUCCGCUGCCAAGCCCUCCCAACCCGAUUCCCGAACCUCCGACGGUAAGAAUGAUUCCCGAUGACGUCGUGAUCACUAAUCUUUUUCAGGUGAGCCUCACCGCUCUCACAGCUGAAAAACAGACGCCCACCACUUUGAAAGUUACUUCAGCUGCCGAUCAUCUGCCGAGAAACGAAACAAAACUGUCUCGGAACCGGGUCCGACUGCAUUCGCACAAUUCAAAAUCGUCGAAAACUCGGGAAGUGGAGAUUCUGGAUGCGAAAUGCAAUGAUGAAAGUUUACAGGAAAUCAUGCAGGAUGUAGGUUCAAAGUGAGAAAGAGAAAUAAUGAGAGAAAGAGUGAUUUGAGGCGAUGACUCCGAGUCUGAGCACGUCCAAAAUGGUGAUUUCGGAAAGGGCGACUCGUGAUUUUGGCACUCCGUUCGACGUGAUCUGUGCCAGAGGCCACUUCUCCUACUACGUGGAAGCUUCUACGUACUGUGAAGUCACCCAGAACGACGUCACCUGCUUCGCGUACAGAUCGUCGGCGAACAUCGAAGCCGACAGUGGCCGGAACAGAUUAAGACGCGAACUAUCAAAACGAAGAAGAAGAAGGCCGAACUAA